CCCUCUUGCUGGUCAUCAAGUCAACAGAUGCGCAGCAGCCGAGCUCAGGGAGAGGGACUCGCUGUCACCCUGACCAGUUGCUGUGGCGGUCAUGGCUCAGAGGAAGGCGACUGGCCGCCGCCCCAAAGCGCCCAUCAACGAAGACAACGCUCGUUUCUUCCUGCUCGCUGGCCUCAUUCUCCUCUACCUGCUGUGCGGGGCGGCCAUCUUCUCCGCCCUGGAGCACCCCUUUGAGCUGCGCGCCCGCCGCCUGUGGAGGCAGCAGCUGGAGAACUUCACCCGCCGAUACGCCGUCCACCCGAGGGCGCUGCGCACCCUGCUGCGGCAGUAUGAGGAGGCCAAUGGGGCGGGGAUACGAGUGGACGCAUCGAGGCCCCGCUGGGACUUUUCUGGAGCCUUCUACUUUGUGGGCACCGUGGUCUCCACUAUUGGGUUUGGUAUGACCACGCCGGCAACCAUAGCUGGAAAAAUCUUCUUGAUCUUUUACGGUCUGAUCGGCUGCGCCGCGACCAUCCUCUUCUUCAACCUCUUCUUGGAGAGGAUCAUCACCAUGCUGGCCUACAUCAUGCGCUGGUGUCACGAACGUCGCCUUCGAUGCAGCGGAGUUGGCGACGCGUCCGGCAGGCGGGAUGCGUCCGGGGAGGAGGACAGCCUAGAAGGCUGGAAGCCUUCCGUCUAUUACGUCAUGCUGAUCUUGGGACUGGCCUCGAUCGUGAUCGCGUGCAGCGCUUCUACUCUGUACUGCUCCAUGGAGAACUGGAGCUACGUGGACUCCCUGUACUUCUGCUUUGUGGCCUUCAGCACCAUCGGCUUUGGGGACCUGGUCAGCAGCCAGAGGCAGCACUACGAGUCUCAGGAGGCCUACCGGCUGGGGAACUGCCUUUUCAUCGUCAUGGGAGUAUGCUGCAUCUACUCGCUCUUUAACGUCAUUUCCAUUAUCAUUAAACAAACGCUCAACUGGAUUUUGGAGAAGUCGGUGCGUCCGAGGGACCGUCGGCUCGGCUCUCGUUCCGCGGGCGGAUGGUGGAAGCGCAGACCGAGGCGUACGGCGGCUCACCUCGGACGAAACCGGUUAAAGCGCAACGCGGUCCGGCCGCUCUCGUCGCACUGUCCUGCCGGAAGGCAACGGUACGCGGACGGCUCGGCGGAGACCGUGUACGACAGCGAGACGGACGGCGGCGCGCUCACGGUCGGGGUGCACGUUGGCCGUCGACUGUCGGGAGAAAUGAUCUCCGUCAACGAGUUCAUGGUGUCUAAUAAGGUGUCUUUGGCGCUGCUGCAGAAGCAACUGAGCGAAACUGCCCACCAGGGGCCACGGCAGAGCUACGGCCACCAGAACGGAUUCUCCCAGGGAGUGGGGGCGUUGGCCAUUAUGAACAACCGUCUCCAGGAAACCAGUGUGGAUAGAUAG